AUGAAAUUUAAAGAUGAAUGUGCAAAACGUGAUAUUUAUUGGAAUAUAAUUAAUGCUGAAUAUAUUAUUAAUAAAUAUAAAAAUUUAAGUAUUGAUAAAAAUCAUCGUCAAAUUAUUGAAAAUAUUCUUAAAGAUUGGAUUGAAAUAGUUGUUCCUUUAUUUUCAUCACUUCGACAAUCAAUUAUUCAUAAUGAUGCUAAUGAUUAUUAUAUAACUGUUAUGGAUGAAGUAGCUGUAGCAUGUGCUUAUAUUAUUUUAAAUAAACAAGAUCCAAUUGAUUCAGCAACAUAUCUUAUUCGUGAUUAUAAUCAAAUAAAUCAAUUUGAAGAUAUUGAAAUUGAUUUAUUUUAUUAUUUUAUUUGUGCUCGACUUGCAAUGAGUGUAACUAUAUGUGCUCAUCAAAAACAAAUUCAACCUGAUAAUCAUUAUCUUGUUAUUAGUGAAAAACCAGCUUGGGACUUACUUGAAAAACUUACUACUAUCGAUACUAAAUUUAUUAAUCAGACUUUUCGUUCUGCUUGCACAACAUCGAAUUAG